AUGCUAUUUCUGCCUCCACUACUUCCACUUCUUCCACUUCUUCCACAACUCGUCUUCCUUCUUCAUUUUCUAACACCUUACGUUUCAUCCUCUUGUCCUUCAGAUUUCAUGGCGGAAAGCAUGUCCGGGAUACUAAAAACUCACCAACCGCCAAAAUACGUGAAUUGGAACUAUAUUCCAUUACCAGAACUGGUGUAUUUUGUUCAGAAAGUUACCACCAGAGCACAAAUUGAUGUACAAACCGCAAUAUCUGCGUUGAUUCUUGUCGCAAGACUAAAACAAAGACUCCCAAAACAUGCUCACGGUGAAUAUGAAACAUGCCACAAACUAUUUUUAUCCGCAAUACUUGUAUCUUCUAAAUACUCGAGGAAUAAUCAUCGGCGCAACGAUAAUGACAACAACAAUAAUUCAUAUACCUCUCCUCCUACUCUCCCUCCUACCAAUUCUUCAAAUAACAAUGAUGCUAUUUCAUCUUCAUCUGAAAUUUAUGAAUAUAAUCAAGAUGACGAUGUAAAUUACCACACUCAUUAUCACAAUUAUUAUCAAGAUAAUGUUAUAUUAAAUAAUAAUGAUGAUGAUAUAAAUGUUCGUCAUCAUCAGGAAGAGAUUGAUAAUGAGGAAGAAAUCUUGGACGAAGAUGAAAAUGACAAUGUCGAAAAUGAAGAUGACCAUGACAACAUUACAAAUCAAAGGAUGGCCGAAAUAUCAGGAAUUUAUACAGUACAGGAGGAAAAUAAAUAUGCUUUGGGAAUGUGUUGA